CCGCUUGCUGCCGGGGAAACGCGAGUUUCAGCGAGGGGUGGUGGGAAAUAGUGCCGGUGUUACUAGAAUCUCCCGCCAUUUCGACAAGGAAUUAACCUCUUGAUUGAUCCAGGUUACUUUUGCUAAUACUAUCAUCUGAUAACAAGAAGCUCGGACAGUGUGAUCAACAGCGGAUAGAGUUAAUCAAAGAAGAAGAGGCAUAGUUUGUAAAAGACUUGAGGAUUGUACAACGCGCCUCCUGCUUGAACUCAGCUCUUUGCUUCUGUUACCCGCGAGUUUUUAUUCCAGUGUCUUUUCAUUUUCAUCCGGAGGAGCUAAAAGUUGACUAACUACACCGAUUGACAAGUCCGGCAACCUGUUUUUACAUUGCUCAAAACCAGGAAUGUGAUCAAACAGCGGAUACAAUUGAUCAAAGAAGAACAGGCCUAGUUUAUAAAAGACUUGGGAAGGAUUGUACAACGCGCCCAGAAACCUCCUCCUGCUCACCCGCGAGUUUUUAUUCCACUGUCCUUUCAUUUUCAUCCUGAGGAGCUAAAAGUUUACUAACUACACCUGAUUGACAAGUCAACAACAACCUGUUUUACAUCCAAAACAUUGCGUAAAAACCCAAGAAUGGCACCGCUGCUAGAGGAGAGAAGAAGGAUGCGAUGAGGCGGCUGCUGAAGAAAAGAAGCGCUCUGUUAUUGUUUUGCAACGAGUUAGCAUUUCUAGCUGCUACACGUUGAGUGCCGGGGCCUGCCGGCGGUAGAGCAUAUUCCGGGGACACUUUGCGUACAUGCUACGGGACAUAUCAUACUUGUACUAGAACGAUUUGAUUGUACUGCUGGCACUCACUCACUGCGUGUCAUCUGUGUGGAUUAUUGUGUGAAAUGGCACCGCUUUUAGGCCGGAAACCUUACCCACUGGCUAAGCCGCUAGCCGAGCCACCAGGCCCGGGAGAAGAGGAGGUCUACAUCAUCGAGCACAGCAAGGAGGCCUUCAGGAACAAAGAAGAGUAUGAGGCACGCUUGCAGAGGUAUGAUGAGCGCAUCUGGACGUGCAAGAGCACUGGAAGCAGUCAGCUCACACACAAAGAAGCCUGGGAGGAGGAACAAGAAGUCACUGAACUGCUUCAGGAGGAGUAUCCCAAGUGGUUUGAGAAGCCGGUCCUGGAGAUGGUCCACCACAACACGGUGUCUUUAGACAAACUGGUUGAAAAGGCCUGGCUGGAAAUCCUCACCAAGUAUGCUGUGGAUGAAGAGUGCGACUUCCUGGUGGGGAAGGACAAAAGUUUGCAAGUGAAGGUGGUGAAGAUCCAUCCCCUGGAAAAUCCAGAGGGCGAGGCGGUCGAGAAGAAGCUUGAAGGCGCCUGCGACUCUCCAUCCAGCGACAAGGAGAAUGCGAGUCAGGAGAACCAGAGGAAGGAACCUCCUCCCCGAGAGGAGGAGAACAGGAGGGAGAGUCUCAGUGACAGAGCACGACGUUCACCAAGGAAGCUUCCCACUGCCAUGAAGGAAGAGAGAAAGAAGUGGGUGAUGCCCAAAUUCCUUCCUCAUAAGUACGACGUGAAGCUCAUCAGUGAAGAUAAGGUGAUCAGCGAUGUCCCAACAGACAGUCUUUACCGAACGGAGCGCCCUCCAACCAAGGAGAUCAUGCGCUACUUCAUCAGGCACUACGCUCUGAGGCUGGGCAUGGGAGAGAGCGCUCCCUGGGUGGUUGAAGAUGAGCUGGUGAAAAAAUUCAAUUUGCCAAGCAAAUUCAGUGACUUUCUUCUUGAUCCACACAAGUUUUUAGCUGAGAAUCCCUCCGCAAAGCGCAGGAGCUUACUAUCUCCGGAUGGUAAACCCAGCAAGAGGCUUAAGACCUCCGACACACCAGGAGAGGAUUUAGGAAAUGAAAAGGGAGAGAGGAAAAGGAAAAGGAAGAAAGACUCCUUAGGCAUGCCCCUUAGUCCGACCAUUUGGGGCCACAUGCAGAAAAUGAACGGCUCCCCUCUCAAGGUGAAGAACUCGGGAACGCCAAAGAAAGGAGAAGGCUCGGCUCCCUCCACUCCAAAAUCAGGCAGAAAGUCCGGGGACAAGAAAGAAGGAAAGAGAGCUGGAAAAAGCGGUGAUAAGAAGCUCAACGUCUUCAAAGCUGGUGCUAAGACACCGAAGAUGAAGCAGAUGACUCUGCUGCACCUGGCUAAGAGCACCCCUGCUGGGAGCCCUAAGAAGAGAGCCCGUAGUACCGGCCUGGGUACGCCUAAACUGGGGAAGCCACUGCACCCUAUGGCUCUCCACCUCCUUCGUUACUACAAGGAGCACAAGGGCAAAGAGGACAAAAGGAACUCCCUUUCCUCCCUCAUCUCCAAGGCCGCAAAGACCUUGUCCCCAGACGAUCGGAACAGGCUGCCAGAGGAGCUCAAAGAGUUGGUGCAGAAGCGCUGGGAGCUGCUGGAGCAGAAGAAGCGAUGGGCAGCCAUGAGCGAAGAGGAAAGGCAGGAAGAGAUGAAGAAAAGGCGCGAGGAAGUCAAAGAGAAACUGCGCGAAAAAGCCAAGGAGAGACGCGAGAAGGAGAUGCUGGUCCGCCGCGAACAGUCGCGCAGAUAUGAGGACCAGGAGAUCGAAGGUGGCAAGGCCCUGCCGACGUUCAAGCUCGUAGACAUGCCCGAGGGGUUGCCCAACACCCUGUUUGGUGAUGUGGCUAUGGUUGUGGACUUCCUUCACUGCUACGCAGGGCUACUGAUGCCGGAUGACCAGUAUCCCAUCACAUCAGUGGCUCUGAUGGAAGCGCUGGCCGGCGAGCGGUCCGGCUUCCUCUACCUGAACCGCGUGCUGGUGGUGCUGCUUCAGACGCUGCUGCAGGACGAGCUGGCAGAAGGCUACAGUGAGCUCGACAUGCCCUUAUCUGAGAUCCCCCUCACCAUGCACUCGGUGUCAGAGCUGGCACGGUUGUGCCUGCGACCAUGUGACGCCCACGGCGAGGAGAGUGGCCAGGGCUCAGUGGACUCUGGGGCUUUGGGGGGCUUUGACGAUGUGGUAACCAGCGAGUUCUUGGAGAAGCUUGAGACAAUCGAGGUGUUUGAGCUGGGCCCCGAGGAGAAGACGAGCCUGCUGGUGGCGCUGUGCCAUCGCAUACUCAUGACGUACUCUGUUGAAGAUCACGUUGACGCAAUGCAGCAACGGUCGGCUGAGGUGUGGAAGGAGCGUCUGGCGAUGCUGAAAGAGGUCAAUGACCGCAAGAGGGCGGAGAAGCUGAUGAAAAAGGAGAUGGAGGGCAAAGGCGAAAAAAAGAAAGAGGGUAGUGCUAAGAAGGAGAGCAAAAAAGAAGUAAAGGUGGAGCCCGAGCCGGAGCCAGAGGACAUGAUCAGCUCAGUGAAGAGCCGGCGGCUGAUGUCCAUGCAGGCUAAGAAGGAGAAGGAGGAGAUGGACAGACAGAACAAAGAGCGCAUGGAGAAGGAGGCUGAAGAGGAGCGUAUGCGUAAACAGAGGGCUGCCGUAGAAAGAGCCUUUCAGGACGGUAUAACCAAAGCCAGACUUGUCACGCGCAGGGCCGCGCUGGGUACCGACAGAAAUCACAACAGAUACUGGCUCUUCUCCGAUGUGGUUCCCGGUCUCUACAUUGAGAAGGGCUGGGUGCAUGAAAGCAUCGACUACAGCUUCACGCCUCCACCCGAGGAAAAACCAGCUGAGGACAAACCAGCCGAGGACAAACCAGCUGAGCCCGAGGUAGAAGAGGAAGAGGAUGCUGAGUCGGCUGCUACUCUUGAUUCACAAGGAGCUGAAAAGGAUGACGGCAGCAUAGAUGGUGCUAUUAGUGAGGGAGCCCAGCAGGGAGCAGCAGCAGACAUCUGCAUAGAAACUACAAUUCCCAACCAGGGACAGAACCUCUGGUUCGUAUGUGAAAGCACAGCCGAGCUGGAGGAACUGGUGGAAAGUCUUCAUCCUCAGGGGGUUCGAGAGAGUGAACUGAAGGCGAAGAUACAAAGCAGGUACCAAGACAUUCUCCACUCUGUCCAUCUGACCCGGAAGGGCAAACUGGGCCUCAGGACCUGCGACGGCUACGAAGAGCUGCUCAACUACCUGCGCAGUGACAUCCAGGAGGUCGCCUCACGACUUCAGAAGGGAGGCCUGGGAUACCUGGAUGACAACGUAGACAUCGAAGAGCAGUUGAAAGACAUGGAGAGCUUGAAAGACUUUGGUGAAGUCAUCAUCACCAUUCAGGCCUGUGUGAUCAAAAAGUUCCUGCAGGGAUUCAUGGCUCCCAAGCAGAAGAAGAAAAAAAAGCAAGGAGGGGAGGAAAGCAGCAAGGCUGAAGAAGUGGACGAGGAGAAGAGACUGGCAGAAGAGGCCAGGGUGGCGACGGCGGUAGAGAAGUGGAAGACCGCUAUCCGAGAGGCCCAGACCUUCUCCCGAAUGCACGUCCUGCUUGGAAUGUUGGACGCUUGCAUCAAGUGGGACAUGUCUGCCGAGAAUGCUCGCUGCAAAGUCUGUCGCAGGAAAGUGCUCAGGCAGAGCCCAUCUGUGCUGACGCUGAUGGAGUCUAGACCCAGGUCCAGAUCCAGACAGGGCAGCAGGCUCAGAGCAGAACAGACUAGUAGUGUCAGGCAGGUCUACAUACAGAGCCAGCAGCUCCGCAGGCCAACAGGUGACGAUGAGAAACUAAUUCUCUGUGAUGAGUGCAACAAGGCCUUCCACCUGUUCUGUCUACGACCGGCUCUGUACCGCAUUCCUACCGGAGAGUGGCUGUGCCCGGCCUGCCAGCCCACCGUGGCCAGACGAGGCUCCCGCUCAAGGAACUACAACCAAGACACAGAUGAAGAAGACGACGAGGAGGAGUCUGAAGAGGAGGAGUCUGAGGAAGAAGAAGAGGAUGAGGAAGAGAAUGACUACACAGCCAUGGGUCACAGCUUGAGACCAAGGAAGAAAAAUAAGCAGUCUUCGUCCCGGCCAAAAAGUUCAAAAAGUAAACCCAAGAAGCCGUCGUCUUCAAGUAGUCAGAGCAGCAAGCAGAGGACUGGCCCCAGCAGCCCUGCAGACAUCGAUGAACUGGUUCGACAGAGUUCCCAAUCAGGAGUGCGAAGGCAGGCGCUGGAGCUGGAGCGCUGCGAGGAAAUCCUCAAGAAACUGAUGAAAUUCCGCUACAGCUGGCCGUUCAGGGAGCCUGUGUCCCCGGAGGAGGCAGAGGACUAUCUGGACAUCAUCUCCCAGCCCAUGGACUUCCAGACGAUGCUGGGAAAGUUCAGCCAGGGCUCGUACCGCCACGCUCAGGAUUUCAUGGAAGACCUGAAGCUGGUGUUCUCCAACGCGGAGGAGUACAACCAGCAGGGCAGCACUGUGCUCUCCUGCAUGAUCAAGACGGAGCAGUCCUUCACCGAGCUGCUCCAAAAGCUGCUGCCCGGCCUCAGCUACCUCCGCCGACGCUCACGCAAACGCGUCAGCCAAGCCCCUGUAACGUCUGAGGAAGAGGAGGAAGAGGAUGAAGAGGGUGAAGAAGAGGAGGAGGAGGAGGAGGAGGAGGAAGAAGAGGAGGAGGAACCGAAGAAGAAGAUGCAGAAUGACAAAUCGAACAGGAAGAAAACCAGAAAUGUUCGAGGACGGAGGGUAGAGGAGAGCGAGGAGGAGGAGGACGACGACGAUGAGGAGGAUGAUGAUGAUGGCAGGAGGAGAAGUAAGCGGACCUCUGCCACUACAAGCAGGAAGGAUUACAGGGAGCCGGAUAGCGAUGGCGAGCGGGACACACGGAAAACUCGUCAGCGGGGGGGCCGGGGCGAAACUAGGGGGGCGAGCAGCGACGAGGAGCGGUCCAGCCAGCAGCAGCAGCAGCAGCGACAUUCCAAGAGACAGAAACGCUCAUGAAGUCCAGGGUGCUUAUUUUUAUUUUGUUGUCUCUUUGCUUUAAAAUUUCUGUCCCAAGAGCCCUCCUCCGUCUCCUCCUCCUCCUCCUCCUCACAGCCAGCGGGACUUAAUCCUCAGAAGGACUUUUUUGUGUUAAUGAUUUUCUGUUCAUAUUUUGAAAAACGAAAGAAAACUGAUUUAUAUUUGUAACAUGUUUAAUAUUGAUGUUUUUUUUCCCCCAACCAAGAAAAAAGAGACAUUUGAGAUAAUGGAUGGGUCCUCGUAGCUCUUAAGACUCUUUGAUUUGAAUUUCCGUCGACAACCUCACAUUUGACUUAUUGUUGUCCGUUGAAGAGAUGGUGUCCAUGUAGCCGAAACCCUCUGGGAAAUCUUUCUUUGCUUAAAAAAACAGCGCUGAAGGUUGAUAUGAAUUUUUCCUGUCACCUGUAAAUCGCUCUCACUUACUGAGCAUCUUGACACCUUUGGUCAAGUCUUUAGAUAAACAUGAUAGGAUUUUCACUAGUUCUAGUGUUUGUCGUUUUUUAACCCAGGUGCAGAUUUAUCGUCAAAAGCCGGGUCAACACAUGUAGUUGCAUCACUUUAGUGCUAAAACACACGUUUCAUCUCAGCUCUUUGGUGCCAGGAUGUUUUAAAAAACCUGCGUCUCGUUCCGGGCGUGUCGAGCUGACCAGCCUUUCCUCCUCUGUAGUGGCCCGCCACUUUAAAAUGAACCGGUACCUCAACGCUCUGUCAGUUUGCACCUAUUAUGCCAGCAGCUGCAGGACCAGACUUUAUUAAAAAAUUAUGUGCAUUUGUAAACAGUGUUUAAAACAACAAAUUUGUUAAGAAAAUGGGCAUUUUUGAAUAUUUGAUAUUUUUUGCACAUUUUAUUUGGUAUUGUAAAUGAUAACUUGUUCUUAAUCACAUCCAAUAAACGACAAGGUUUGAUUAAACCAGGGCUCUCCUAGUCGAUGCAGAGAACAUGUCAGAGUUGUUUUACUUUUCAUUGUCGCAGCAGAUAUAAUCACUUGUACAUUUUGUAACAAAGUCGCUCAUUUAAAUGGAUUUAGUGACACAACUGUAUGUGAGAGGUGAAUGAAGGUUUCCCUGUAUGUCCUGGUGCAGCCACCAGGUGGUGCUCUACUCCAGCAGUUGACCAGUAACUCUGUGACUCUCACUGGUCAUCAGAGGACAGGGGGAGCUUCAUAGUGCUGGUGUAUUUUGGCUCUCCAACUUUGUAAUAACUUCUACACAGACGCAACUUAAAAACCUUUUGAAUGUGCAGAAGUUUCUGUAGUUUGUGGCCAGCGAUGUAUAUGUACACAUAUAUAAGGCAGUGAUGGUUUGCCCUCUUCUUUCUGUACUGUGCUGUUCUCCUGUGUUUUUCUAGUACUGUUAUCAUCACUCUCACUGAUUUCAUUUGGCCACUCAUUGUUUUCCCUUCCCCUCUAUUAGUUUUGUUUAAAUUCGGCUUUGCUUCUGACAUGAUUGUUGUAAUUGUUUGACAUUUCAACGAACAAACAAAAGGCGACUGCCCUUCUCAAGUUGAGAUCCGACUGUAAAUGCUUUCUUUGUUCUUUGGAGGAACUGCAAAAAAAGUCUUUUACACCUUUUUUUAUAUAUAUAUUUAUAGUCUCUAAAGCUGGGUUUGGGCAGGUUAGGAGGAUUCACAUGUAAAGAAUUUCCAAUAAAGGCUAUGGACGAAGACCGCCGUUCUCCCUGUUUUAUUUGCGUUGAGCGGUCGGACAUCACUGCCAUGUGUAAAACCUUGUGAUUAGACGAUGAUUGGGGAGGACCACCGACUGAUGUCUAAUUUUACUUUUUAAUAAAAUAUCCAACAUUG